UGGCAAGAAAGGAUGGAUAAUAAUGUCCACAUUAGUGGGCUGAUGAGUCGUCAUGAUGAUGAUGCUACAAGAACAUCCACCUCUGAAGGUCUGGAGGAAGGUGAAGUGGAAGGUGAAACCCUCCUGAUUGUUGAAUCUGAGGAUCAAGGCUCAGUGGAUUUAUCUCAUGAUCAAAGUGGAGAUUCACUGAAUAGUGAUGAAGGGGAUGUGUCAUGGAUGGAAGAACAACUAUCUUACUUCUGUGAUAAAUGCCAAAAAUGGAUAUCAGCCAGUCAGCUGAGGGAACAGCUCAGUUACCUCAAAGGUGAUAACUUUUUUAGAUUUACUUGUUCAGAUUGUUCAGAGGAUGGUAAAGAGCAAUUUGAAAGGCUGAGACUGACAUGGCAACAAGUUGUCAUGUUGGCAAUGUAUAAUUUGUCUCUGGAAGGAACUGGACGCCAAGGUUAUUUCAGAUGGAAAGAAGAUAUUUGUGCUUUUAUUGAGAAACAUUGGACCUUUUUACUAGGAAACAGGAAAAAGACUUCCACCUGGUGGAGCACAGUAGCAGGUUGCCUUAGUGUGGGGAGCCCAGUGUUUUUCCGCUCAGGUGCUCAGGAAUUUGGAGAACCAGGAUGGUGGAAACUUGUUCAUAACAAGCCCCCGACAAUGAAACCUGAAGGAGAGAAAUUGUCUGCUUCUGCUCUGAAAGUAAAAGCCUCAAAACCAGCUUUGGAUCCCAUCAUUACGGUGGAGGGGCUUAGGAAAAGAGUGAGUCGAAAUCCUGUGGAAUCUGCCAUGGAACUGAAGGAGAAGAGAUCACGAACUCAAGAAGCUAAAGACAUUAGGAGAGCCCAGAAAGAAGCGGCUGGUUUCCUGGAUAGAAGCACAUCUUCCACCCCAGUAAAAUUCAUCAGCCGUGGCCGUCGGCCUGACAUGGUUCUUGAGAAGGGAGAGGUGAUUGACUUUUCAUCCUUGAGUUCCUCUGAUAGAACCCCUUUGACAAGCCCAUCUCCUUCUCCUUCUCUUGAUUUUUCUGCUCCUGGAACUCCAGCUUCCCAUUCAGCAACUCCUAGCUUGCUGUCAGAAGCCGAUCUUAUUCCAGAUGUAAUGCCACCACAAGCCUUAUUUCAUGAUGAUGAGGAAAUGGAAGGAGAUGGCGUUAUAGACCCUGGAAUAGAAUAUGUGCCCCCUUCUACUGCGUCAUCAAGCUCUGGGGCUAUGGUGGGAGGGAGAAAGAAAGUCAAAGCACCUGAACAAAUCAAGCAGGAGGUGGAGAGUGAGGAAGAGAAAACUGAACGGAUGGAAGCUGAUAGUGAAGACACUGAAGAUUCAAGUGCAUCCUUGCAAACAAGAACGAGAGAAAAGAGGAAGCCACAGCUAGAGAAAGACAGCAAACCCAAAGGUCCCAAAUAUACACCAAUUAGCAUUUAUGAAGAAAAGCUCCUCCUGAGGAGGCUUGAGGCCUGCCCCAGUGCUGUGCUCGUGACUCCAGAAGCUAGGAGGCUAAAGCGAAAAUUGAUCGUCAGACAAGCCAAAAGAGAGAGAGGAUUACCUCUUUUUGACUUGGACCAAGUUGUUAAUGCUGCCCUUCUUUUGGUUGAUGGUAUCUAUGGAACCAAAGAUGGAGGAGCAUCCAGAAUUCCAGGAGGACAUGCCACAUACCGAACAACCUGUCAGGACUUCAGAAUCCUUGACCGUUAUCAAACUGCCUUGCCAUCCAGAAAAGGGUAUCGGCACCAGACGACUAAAUUUUUAUCCCGAUUGGUAGGAUCAGAAGAUAUGGCAGCAGACCAUAGUAUUGUCAGCCCUUACACUUCUCGGGUAUUGAAACCUUAUAUCAGGCGUGAUUAUGAAUCAAAACCUCCUAAGCUUCAGCUUCUGGCUGAGAUACGUGCCUAUCUACAUAAGAACGAUGCCAAUUGGAAACCAGAACCCGAAGCACCGAUUGAUUACUGCUAUGUUCGCCCAAAUCACAUCCCAACGAUAAACUCUAUGUGUCAUGAAUUUUUCUGGCCUGGUAUUGACUUGUCAGAAUGCCUUCAAUACCCAGAUUUCAGUGUUGUUGUUCUUUAUAAGAAAGUCAUUAUCGCCUUUGGCUUCAUGGUUCCUGAUGUGAAGUAUAAUGAAGCUUAUAUCUCAUUUCUGUUUGUUCAUCCUGAAUGGAGGAGAGCAGGAAUUGCAACUUUUAUGAUUUAUCAUCUUAUUCAGACCUGCAUGGGCAAGGACGUAACCCUUCACGUCUCGGCAAGCAACUCCGCUAUGCUUCUGUACCAAAAAUUUGGAUUCAAGACUGAAGAAUAUGUCUUGGACUUUUAUGACAAAUAUUAUCCCUUGGAGAGUAAAGAGUGUAAACACGCAUUUUUUCUGAGGCUGCGUCGAUGAGUUUGAAGGAAUACAUAGAAUUCUCAGUGGAAAAAUACCUAUAAAGUAUGAAACUAUGGAAUACUACAAGGCUUUCUGCUUUGAUCCUUUUAUGACUAAGUUAUAAAAUCAUUGUGGUUAUUGAUGUUCCUGGUCAGCCUAUUAGCACAUGCUGUGGUGCUUGGGGUGCUACCUGACAUGAUCUCGAAGGAAGCCUCUGAGACGCCUAAAGCCAACUGGGACACUGAGAUGAAUGGAGUGCAGAGAGCCAGUCUAAAUGAAUUUCCUGAGCUGCUUUUUGGAGAGGCCUUUAGACCAACACCUUGGGACACAUGGGUACACAAAACUGGACAAUGCAGAGAGCACUUUUUCUGCUUUACGUGGUACACAAUUUUUUUGUAAUAAUGUUGCAUGGGACAUUCUCCAUGGGACAGACUUUAUAAACACUUUUGGACAGUAAUUGUAAAGAAAGUAUUCUUCAUGUCGAGCUGAAAUCUUCACAAUGUCUCUUUGUAAAGUUUAUCUGUAAUGCUAGUUGUGCCCUCUGGGCCCAAGCAGAAUGAGUCUAAUUCUUCCCCUUUAAAUAAAAUGAAAACAAUGACCACCUCUCAUUACACACACACACACACUCACUUCUUCCCCUUUAAAUAAAAUGAAAACAAUGACCAUCUCUCAUUAUACACGCACAUGCACACGCAUGUGUGCACACUCCAGGCACUCGAGCCUGCUUAGUACAUCUCCAGGCUAAAUAUCCCCAGUUCCUUUUCCUUCAACCAGUGCUCAUGUCAUAGCUUCUAGGCGUCUCCUCAGCUUGGUCUCAGGAUGAAAAGGAAAACAUAUAGACUAAUAAUCAUUGUUGAACUAGAAUUUAGUGGUUUUUAAAAUUCAAAUUAGGUAAAAAUAUAUAGGAGUUGUACACCAAAAAUUGUCCUGUAUUUCUAAUAAUGUCUAAGGAAGUAAAUUACGGUGUUUGAAUAAAGGGAAUAUGUGGAGUUCUGA